GCAAAUCAGCAAUUGCGUCUAAAAUAUCAUCUACAUCUGGUGCACAAGCCAGCUUGCACCAAAAAACGAUCAACAAAAUGCAAUUAAGCUUAAGGCACUGUAAAUUUCUUCCUAUGCCUUCAAAAAUUGUACUGUUUCAAGCCAGACAGACCACCAGAUAAUUUGAGGAAUAGUGUUCCGGGUCUUUUGAGCUUUCUUGCAUAGACCCUCCCUGGUCCAGCACUUGAGCAUUUUUGAAAUGGAGUUAGGCAUGGUCCAAGACAUACCAAAUAUUGAAAAGAACAUGUUACAUCGCUGAUUUGUAACCUUGCAAUGCAAAAAAAGAUGGGUAACAUCUUCAGAUUGUUCUUCACAUAAAGGACAUCUGCUGCACAGCUUGAAACCCCUCUUCUGGAGAUUGUUUUCCGUGAGGCAUGCCUCCUUAGCCACAAUCCAAGAGAAGCAAGAAAUUUUUAAAGGUGCCAUGUUGUACCAUAUUUUUUUCCAAGGCCAUAACUCACUGUUGCUAAAACCCAGCAUAUUGUAACAGCUUUUAACUGAAAAAAUGCCCUUGGAGUGACCCUUCCAACUGAUAGAGUCCAUUUUAUAGUGGUCCAAAGCAGUGUUGCUUAGCAUUUGUAGCAAGAUGCCUACCCUCUCCAUUUCCCAAUCAUUAAUAUUCCUUCUAAGACUCAAAGCCUUGCGAUGUACAGAAAACUGCAAUUUCCCCAUUGUGAUGCAAGGAUAUAUUAUAAAAAUCUGAAAAUUGGUCUUUUAAUGGCGUAUGACCAACCCAUGCAUCUUCCGAAAACCUGAUUUUCCUUCCAUUGCCAAGAAUAAAACCCAUGUUUGACUCAAAUUUGUUCCAAUGCCCUCUAAUAUGUUUCCAUAAACCGGUGCCAUGAGGCACUCUAGACUCUUUGGUGCGCCAUGGAUUGUCUAGACUCUAGACUCUUUGGUGCGCCAGCCGCCAGGGAUGGGAAGGUUAUUCACCUUCGUGAACCCAUUAGUCGAUGAUUCCCGAACAGCUUCUCCUCCAAGUCUCCAACCCAAUUUCUAGCUGCAGCAUAAGCAUUUAGUUUGGGAGAAUUUUGUCAAUUUGUAAGGACUACUUUUGGUUGCGUAACAUUUUAGUCUACGCCAAAUUUUCCUAAUAUUUCUUUAAUUGAAUACCUAACCAUUCUAUGAAAGUUUUGUGACAUCUCUGCUUUUGGAUGUAAAAAGAGUUUUUUUUGGACCUGCCACUACAUAAAGAAGUUUCUGGAAUGGGAGAAAGAUGUGAAACUAUAAGAAAGAAGAAAGUCUUUAUUUUACUGUAUAUUUGCCUGAUCUGUAUUACAGGUUAAAUAGAAGAGCUUGAAGGGGCUCUACAGCCAGCUAACCAACAGGAAACAUACUUGGUUUAAUUGCAGAAACAGGGAUUCUUUUUUGUUCUGAUGCUCCUGUAGCUGAUAUUGUGGGGAAGCUUGCUGGAAAGUCCUCUGCGUUAGCAUUAUCUUUUCCAGAUAUGAAGGACAUUGUAGUAUCAUGUUACCAGAGUCACUUUGCUUCUUGGGAGUCCUAACUUGUGAGUUAAUAAUUAAUCAUGACACUCGAGGACUUUUUCACCCUGACUGAGAUGAGUAAUGGGCUUACAGCUCCUGCUCGAGUUCAGGAUCUAGUCUCUAUUAUGCAGAAAGAAGUUUGCGUUGUCAAGAAUGCUGGUGAAAUAACAAGGCAAUGGUCUGCUGUUGCUAGCGCAAUUGCUGCAACUGAGAAUAAAGAGUGUCUUGAACUCUUUAUCCAGCUAGAUGGACUCUGCUUUGUUGACAGUUGGUUAAAGGAUGCUCAGAAUUUUGUUGAUGAAACGAGUGACAACGUGGAAGAGUUGAUCACUCGGUUACUGGUAGCGGUUGAAAGGCUUCAUGUAGACUUUGAGAAAUCAGUUUCUUCUGGAAUCAGGGUUACUGUGAAAAGCCUCCUUGACCAUGAGAGCUCUAAGGUGCAACAGAGGGCUCGUGCACUGUUUGAUAAUUGGGAGAGAGAAAAAAAUAAUGAUGCAGUUUCAGUCGGUUGUGAAAUACCACAGACGAUAGUUGAUGGUGGGACGAGAGUAAUUGAAAACGUCGUCCGAGAAAAUGAACAGUCAGAACCUUCUCCGGAGAACGUCUCUCUUUCUGGUGGGGGUUCUGGAGAGAAGUGUGAGGAAAAUGUUAGCAAUAAUAUUAUGCCAUCUUCAAGGUCUGAUGUUGGUAAUUCUUCUGGGGUUGACGAUACCAAGACAUCUGACCAAAAUUUGGAGCAUUCAACGGUGAAGGAUGGGCAUCCGCUGUCUCCUCUAUUAAAGCCUGUUGGUGAAGAUCAGAAGGUAGAAUCCUCAACAUAUCAUGCAGAGACGAUCAGUGCAAUUGAUACGUGCAGUUCUGCAAGUUUAUCACAUGGUGCUCUUGAUCGGCAGACAGGGGUUCCCGUUUUGGAGUCUGUUAAUUGUUCAAACCACACUCAAGAAGGAAGAAGUUCUGAGAAGUUAGACUCGGCGUCGUCGAAACCAUUGGAGGAGAAAACUAGUUCUUCAGGUACUGAUGCAGGAGACACUUCAGAUGCUGGCAAUGGUUCAGAUUUACAAAGACAAACUGAUAUCAAGGAUGAAGUUAGCUGCAGAGGAAAAUCGCCUUCUGAUGAUGCAUCGGUGGUGAUUUCUGAAGGAAAGACGUUGAUGGAUGAUAGCAGCAGACCUACAAAUCAUAGCAGAAGUUCCAUGGUGCUUGGUGCUAAAGACAGAAAAUACAACAUCGACAGAUUGCACAACUCCUCCAGCGAGCAUAGUCUGGAAUGUCCCAAAGAUUUAGGAGCUAUUUUGUCAAAGGUAGAUCUCAUUAAUGGGGAUGACAAGCAGGUCACUGAUGAAAGUGAAGAUGAUUCGGAAAGUGACUCUGAAUUUGGAGAACCACGAACAGUUAGUAAAGACUCUGGUGUGUUUGGUAAGAAAUGUGAUAUUGAAUUCGAUUAUGGCAUUAUAGAUCCUCUGGAAGUUGCUCGACAAGUUGCCAUAGAGGUGGAGAGAGAAGUUCAGAGUUGCAGUUCUGAGAAAAUACAGGAAAGUAAAAUUCAUGAGCCUGAUAGCGCUGAUUCUAUGAGUGCAAAAGAAUGCCAAAAAGUUGAGAGCUCUAAGAAGCAAGUACUAAGAGGAAUGGCUCUUUUGACGGAGGCUUCAAUUACAAACUCUGAAGCUGGACCUAAAAAUGAAAAAGUAAAGGUGGAAUCCUCUCAGGGUACUGAUCUUGACGCCAAUGCUGAGAAGGGCCAGUGUGAUUUUGAUCUGAAUCUAGAGGUUUGCUCAGACGAUAUAGAUCAUGUUGNAGAUCCCAUAUCUACCUGCAUCUCUGUUGUUUCUGCUUCGAAGGCAACAGCUGCCCCUGGGAUGCCUGUUGCUCCAUUGGAAUUUGAAGGGGCUCUUGGAUGGAAAGGAUCCGCUUCAACCAGUGCAUUUCGGCCAGCAUCGUCUCGCCGGGUUCCUGAAAGUGCCAAGGCUGUUUUCUCUGGUGGGAGUAGGAAUGACAGCAGCAAAAAGCAACAGCAAGGUUGGCUUGAUAUUGAUCUUAAUGUAGCUGAAGGUGGAAAUGACAAAUCUGCAGAACUUUUCACUGUCAAACUUCCGUUACCAUCUGCACUUCCUUCAGGGGAAUCUUCCGUUGAAGCUAGCUCCAGAAAAUCAGAAAGAGUGGAGUUGGAUCUCAACUGUGCAAGUGAGGAGGGUGAGGCACCUUCAGAUUGGCGCAUGGAGGGAAGGAUUUUGUCGGAUAGGAAUGGCCAUUGGAGUCCAUCUCCAUCGUCAUCAUCGUCGUCCAAGCAUCUUUCAUCACGGAACUUUGAUCUAAAUGACCAACCGUCGUUUCUCAACAAUUCUUCAGAUCUAUCUUACUUCAAGAAACCAUCUCAAAAUAUUAGCGCAUCCGGAGGGAUAAAAUCGGCUAAUUCUGUAGUAUCCAUUAUGGGCAUGAAGGUAGAGGUCAAACGUGAAGAUGUUCCUCAAUUCUUUCCAUUUCCAAAUGGCAGGACUGCAGAAAAUACAGUUGAUCUUACUGUUGCAAGAAGUGGAGGUGUCUUGGGAAUGGGAUCUCCAUUUCUAUAUACCCCUUCACCCACCUUUGGUUACAAUAGCAUUGUACCAGGUCCUCCCAUCCCGUUCUCCUCAGCAAUGUAUGGACCCGGUGGCCCUAUUCCUUACAUGGUAGAUUCCCGAGGUGCGCCUAUGGUACCUCAAUUUGCUGGCUCUGCUUCAGCAAUACCACCAUCAUUCGCUCAACAACCAUUCAUUAUAAGCAUGGCUGGUGCACCUGUUUCAAAUGGGGUCCUGCCACCACAGAGUGGUCUGGAUCUCAACACUAGUUUGAUAUUUGAGGGAGGAAAUAGAGACCUUGGAGGUCUGAGGCAGUUUUUCACGCAGGGUCAAGCCAGGUCGAUGGAUGAACACUUAAGGACCAGCUCACAACCCUCAACCAGUUCACUUGCUGGUGAGAAACGCAAAGAACCGGAUGGUGGUUGGGAGCCUUACCCUUUUAAACUUCAUCCACCAUCGUGGAAGUAAACUUAAUGGAUCUUGUUUUUCUCUAAUGGGAUAAGUGUCUUUACAGCAAUAGGUAAAUUCAAGGCAGGAGGAGAGCCUUAUUGAUUUUGUGGUUAGGGGCAUGAUAUAGCUGAAUAAAGACAUGAUUUCUGAAUGUAAUAUGCUUCUUGAGAUGACUUGGCCAAAGAAGAGUAGAUGUUUAGGUUUCAUUGGUUCCAAAUGUUGUUUUAACUUGUUAUUCUCGUCAAGUUUCAUAGGUUGUUGCUACCACAGAAAACUUACAUGUAACUGUAAUCUCUCAUUUACACCAUAGAAAUUUAGAAGAAUGUCUCGUCUUUAUCCUGUUC